AUGUUGGUGUUUUUAGCGGCUCUUCUCUCUACUGUUCUGAUGAGCGAAUGCCAUCAGAGUGUAAACAAGCCGGUCGACUGUUCUGACCUUUAUAAAUCAGGACAAACAGUCAGUAAGACUUAUGCCAUCUAUCCAGCAGGUAACGCUCCGAUCUGGGUUUACUGUGAGAUGAUCUCAAAUAGGAAAAUUCCAUACAAAGGAGGAUGGACGGUGAUUCAGAGGAGAAUGGACGGCAGUGUGAAUUUCUAUCGGCCGUGGGAUCAGUACAAGAGAGGAUUUGGGAAUGUGGAGGGAGAAUACUGGCUGGGGCUGGAGAACAUGUACCAGCUGACACGCAACAGGAAGUACAUGCUGAGAGUGGAUCUGGAGGACUUUGAAGGAAGGAAAGGUUUCGCUCUGUACUCAUCCUUCUCUGUGGAUUGUGAAUGUGCUGGAUAUCAGCUGCAUGUUUCAGGAUUCACUGAUGGAGGAGCAGGCGACUCUUUAUCUGGUCAUAAUGAUCAGAAGUUCUCCACCUUCGACAAAGACCAAGACACCUAUGAAAAGAACUGUGCCAAACAGUAUCUCGGGGCAUUUUGGUACUUAGCCUGUCACAAUACAAACCCCAACGGUGUGUAUUUAUGGGGAGAAGAUGACACCCAUCAUGCCAUUGGAGUUGUUUGGGCAACAUGGAAGAAUUACGCAGUCAGUAUGAAAUCCAUCAGCAUGAAGAUCAAACGUGUGUCAUAGAAAUAUUACAGUGCUUCUGAAAGAAAAACAUUUUUACCUCAUUUUAUGACAUCUUAAGGUUUUUAUUCCUUUUUUUCUGCGUAAAAGAAUCAUGUUGAAAUCUGUCUUUGAAAUGUAUGGCUGUUUGUAUAGUGCAUUAAAAUAUUUUGUGCAGUUAUGAUUCUUCACUACCUAAAUAUUCAAUAAACUCUUAUAGUGAA